UACUUGUUAUUAUAACUUAGAUAUUUGAAUUCUCUGCAACCGAUGAAGAUAUUUAUCCAAAUAAUAUUGUAAUAUUUAACAUUACCGAGGAGUCUGAAUCCGGUCAUCAUUUCUACAUUGAGAAUGAUGUAACUGCUUCCAGCGGAAAGGUCAAAAUUAGCAACGCUCCAGCUUCCAAUGACGAGUCGUACGUCAUCUCAAUCGGUGUUUACAACAUCGAUGACACUCAACUCAUCAACGGGAAUAGGUCAACUGUUGAGGUGCGCAUCAUUUCUUCGCCAUACAGCAUCAGCAUUCUACCCAUAGAGAACGUUACCGUGUAUGAGUACGAGACCGGAAACGUCACAACUAUUUAUGUAGACGCUGAAGGAAACCUUGAUGAUGUCGCGUAUAAUAUUAGUCAAACAUUUGCAAAAGAUACCGUCUCAACCGAAAUAUCGUCGUCUGGAGUAGCCGUUGACGAAAAUCAAUUAAUUCUAAAUAGCUCCGCCAUCGGGCGCUACGUUAUAAACGUGACAGCAUACAACAGUAGCAUGCCAUCUGUUAACGAUGUAACCACGGUUUUUAUUACUGUGUUGUCUUCUAAAAAUACCCAUCCUGUGUUCAACAAUGUCCAGCCUCAAAUCAUACCAAGCGAUGCAAUAUCAGAAACUGUUAUUUUUACUUUAAGUGCAACGGACGAAGAUUAUCCAGAAUUUGGAAAUGGUGAAAUAUUGUACGAUAUAACAAAUGAAAUUAGUGAAUUGGAUGAAACAACUCUAUUUUCUGUCGUUCCUUCAACUGGUGAUAUCUUACUGCUAUUGUCCCCUCUUGAGAUAGCUUUAUUAACGGGAUAUCCUGCAAGUUCUAUUAAAGUAAGCGUGGAUGUGCUGGUGUAUGAUCUGAGCAUAGUCCCUGGCUUUGAUAAUGCGACUGUGGAGUUUCGAAUCCAGCUACCGAACCCCGGUCCGAAUAUUACUCACGUACCGGCAUACUUUGAGCUACAGGAGAUUGUUGUGAUAGUUACCGACCAAAGUGGCUUAAAAGACUACGCUGUAGUUCCAGUAACCAUCUUGGAUAUAAAUGACAACCUGCCAAAAUUCACGGAGUCAUUCAGAUUUGAAGUAAGAGAAGACGCUAAAAUACAAACAAGGAUUGGUCAAGUCUACGCUACUGAUGAGGAUAUUGGAUUGACAAAUUUUACAAACCGUGUGAAGUAUAAGUUACUAGAAAAUUCAUUAUAUUUUGAAAUUAAUGGUGAUACUGGUGAGAUAGAAACUAAAGAUCAACUAGAUCGGGAAAUUAUCGAUUCAUUUAAUAUUACUGUAGUAGCAUCCAACGAUAUGCCGUAUUAUUUGAAUAUGACUUCUGACACAAAGACAGAUGUAUCAAUUAUCAUAAUUGAUGUAAACGACAAUGCACCCAAAUUUGACAAAGAAUCGUAUGAAACCUUUUUUACAAACUUUGUCGAAGGAGCAGAGAUCUUGACUAUACAUGCAGAAGAUAGAGAUCAAGGAUAUAAUGGCAUGGUGGUCUAUUCGUUAAGUGCAGUGGAUUCAAGUCUUGAGUUCUUUACUAUCAACAAAACAACAGGAGUUAUAACAAAUAUAAAGGAGCUAUCCUUGGAGAUGGUUAAUGAACUGCCAGAAGUAUUUUCUAUGGUAGCAUACGCUUUUGAUCAGGGAUCUCCACCUCAAUCAGAUGAAGUCGUAGUCGAUAUAAUAGUGGCACAACCAGACCUGCCCGCAUUUAAAGCCCCACAGGAACAGACAUUAUUGGAAGUAGAAGAAGGAAGCACAAGCGAAGUGAUACCAUUUCCGCCUGCGACUCUUUCUGAUGAAUAUAUGCUAGAAGGAAAUGUCACUUACACCAUAACAGGUGGAACCGGUUUAGGCUACUUUUGUAUACCCGAACCACUGGUAAAUGCUCUGAAGCCCAUUAAAGCGUUAAACAGAGAAGAUAAUGCGAAUUAUACACUGGUAAUAUCUGCCGGGUUCUGUAAUAAUACACAAGACCAGUGUAAAUAUUUAACGAGUGACUGCAAAACAGAAAGGAGAGCGGAAAUUAAGCAAGCAACUACAUUUGAAAAGCGUAACAUCUUGUGGCACAAUCCUUCAGAUACUGUCUUGAAUCAAAACGAAAUCCUACUGACAAUCUUAAUUGAGGAUGUGAACGACGAAGCACCGACGAUUGAAGGCGAUCGUACACUUAAUAUUAGUGGUUACUCAGCUGGCGUUCGGGAUGAUGCCGAAUAUGGAUAUGAGAUUUUCCAAGUCCAGGCCAAUGAUGAAGACUUAACAUCUGAACUACAGUUCGCAAUGUCUUCAAUAAAUACAGAUGCGAACAGCCUAUUCGAAAUCGACCCAGUUACCGGUCAGGUGAUUGCCACAGGUUUUCUAUACAAAAAAAUCGAUUACUGUGAUCCGCAAGAGAGCUGGAAGGAACAGGAAUAUCAGUAUAUCAUCACUGUGAAUGAUACAAAUGGUCACAUAAAUGCUAGCACAGAUGCCAAUGCAACAAUCAAAAUACUUUCACGUUUUGAGCACAUCCUGUUGAUUUUCAACAAACAAGCUGAAGAUUUAAAACAACAGCAAAACACUAUUGUACAAAAAUUGGAAGAAAAAUAUGAUAUGAAAAUUGUUAUAGAGAGCCUAUCACCACGGACAGAAUACUUUCCUUUUGAACUUGACUACGAAAGAUCUGAAAUGAUGAUCUAUGCUUUAGCAAAAUAUGAUGGAAGUGUGUUUACUUAUGAGGAUUUCAAAGACCAUACUUCGUGUGAUGAAGGAAAUAUGGACGGUGUUGACAACUGUUCGAUGGUUCCCAUCAAGAAAAUAUACUCGACGCAGAAUGAUACCUUUGGACUGGUCUUGAUUAUAUUUGCAUCGCUUAUAUUUGUUGGCUCGUGUAUAUUAAUUUAUCUGGUUAUAUAUUCAUUUGGAGAGUAUGAGCAAUCGAGACGCAACAAUGUUCUUCGUGAAAGCAGAAUGGAAAACCAUACAAAUGCUGCUUAUAACAAUGAUGAAGUUAACGAUAUAUAUAAGAUACCUUUACUUGAAUUAAGUUCAUCAACAAUCGACGAGGUUGGACAAGAGACAGCUGAUAACACAGAAAAUGACGAGCUUCCAAUCAACAACAUCUACGAAUCGAUGGAAGACGUAUCAGAACUGAUGAAUGAUGGUAAUGAUAAGGUUAGCGAUGGUUUUGAUCCUUACAACAUCGAUUGGGAUAGUGCAAUUGUUCCAAAAACUCCGAACGGUACUCGAAAAACCACCGUCGCUCGUGUGUACGUCGAUAGUAGUAAACUCGUUCGACAUAAGGCUUCUAAUGAUGCUGAUUCAGGCAUUCUUAUCAACGAGGAAGACAAAUCAAACGACGACAAAUCAGCUAACCAAGAUGAUAAGCCCGAUGCGGAUCAAGAGGACACUGGCCUGGGAUCCGUGGGAUCCGAGGAAUACGAGGAGCCACUUGUCAUUGCACCUGGCACAAUUGAAGGGGGUACAGAGGACACCCUAGUAGAAGAAGAUCACGAGGUUUUCAAAAAGACCCCUGAAAAGACCGAAACGAUAGACCAUACAUGUAUUGAUAUUAAUGGUACAAGCGAUGAUGGAGGUGAUAAAGCGUCAACAGAUUUCACUUCUAUCUCGAUGACCAAGACUGGAGAAGAAGAAAAUCCAAAUGAGCACGUUGACAAUAAGAAGGUUCGUUUCAAGGGUGAUGUCAUACUUGAUGAUAUCCCUGAUUCGGAGGGUAUCACAGCACUUUAGUGCGGCCCGCUCACAGGACAAAACGAUGGCCUUAUGUAGUAACCAUAUAAUAAUAAUAAUAAUAAUAAUAAUAAUAAUAAUAUAUAUAUAUAUAUAUGUAUAUAAA